AUGGAUAAGCCAUCUCAAGACACCCUCAACCUACUAAAGGCUGGCAUCGAAAACAACACACUCCCGAUCAAGAACACCUUCAACUCUUCAACAAUCACGCUCCUACUCAAUCUCGAGAUCUCAGAAACCACCACACUUCAACUAGACAUUAACAUUCCAUUCGCGCACCAGAGCGAGGAUUCGCCAGAAGAAGCUCCCCUCGCAAAGAUACGCAUACGACAGCCCCCCUGGCUAAACAGAGCAGCGACCUCACAGCUCAACGCCCAAGUCUCCGAGACGGACGACCUCUUCACCGCAAUCGACGACAUCAAGCAAGCGGCAUCCGACCUUCUCCAGUCUCAGCUCACUCUCGCCUCGCAAUCGAAUCCCACCAACUCUCAAUCCGAUUCCGCCCCCCUUGUCCGCGCCUGGUUCUACUUCCCCUCCAUCUCCACGCGGUCCAAACGCGACGACUUUAUCAUCCAUGCCCCCUCCUACAAGCUCACUGGCUUCCUGUUCGCGGGCAAACCCGGGCUUCUUUGCCUAGAAGGCACGUCCACCAACAUCGACGCUUAUAUGAAGUUCAUCAAGACAGAGAGCUGGGGGGAUAUUCCCAGCCAUCAUAAGAAGGUUAGUGAGAGGCUGCGGGAGGAGGGUGACGAGGAGGGAGAAGGGAAGGGGAUAAGGAGAGUUUUCGAAGAUAUGCGGGAGAUUACGGAUGAGGUUGGGGAGAGGAGGGGCGCGAGGGCGAAUAGAGGAGACAUGGGGGCUGUGGAGGGGUGGCUGGGGGAGAGGGGGCUGGGGGAGGCGCUGGGAAGAGUUUUGAUGUAG